CGCCGGGCCGGGGCGGAGCUCUCUGCUGCACAGCCUCGCCGGGCCGCGGACUAAACAUGCGCGGCUAGUUUUCAAGGCCGGCCUCUGUAUUAGUCACCGCGGCCAUUUUGGAUGAGGGUACGGAGAGAACGCGGACUGGAGAUACCGGGGGCGUUGUCUUGGGCACGACUGCGUAGGGGCAAAGGUCGAGUACCCGCGCCGCCGCCAUUUUUUAUGAGGGCAUAUUCCAUUUCUGAUUAUACACCCGCUGCCAUCGGCACCGUUAGUUUCCAUGCCCUUUAGUACGCCCUCGGGGGCCCUAGUAACCUCCCUCCUUCCCUUGGACCCGGGCCGGGGAGGCUUUCUCGGGCGCAGGAGGUUCCGCAGGCCCAGGCCAGGCCAGGGGAGGCAGCCGAUCCGUCGUCGGGGUUGACAGUCACCAUGGCGCAGCCUCUGGCCCCGCUCCCUCCCCGGGACCCAAACGGGGCCGGACCCGAGUGGAGGGAGCCGGGGGCUGUGAGCUUCGCGGACGUGGCCGUGUACUUCUGCCGGGAGGAGUGGGGCUGCUUGCGGCCAGCGCAGAGGACCCUGUACCGGGACGUGAUGCGGGAGACCUACGGCCACCUGAGCGCUCUCGGAAUCGGAGGCAAGAAGCCAGCUCUCAUCUCCUGGGUGGAGGAGGAGGCCGAACUGUGGGGUCCGGCUGCCCAGGAUCCGGAGGUGGCGAAGUGUCCGACACAAACGGACCCAGCAGAUUCCAGAAACAAGAAAAAGGAAAGACAAAGGGAAGGGACGGGAGCCCUGGAGAAGCCCGACCCUGUGGCCGCCGGGUCUCCUGGGCUGAAGUCUCCCCAAGCCCCCUCGGCCGGGCCCCCUUAUGGUUGGGAGCAGCUGUCCAAGGCACCGCACCGGGGACGCCCCUCUCUUUGUGCCCACCCCCCUGUCCCCCGAGCGGACCAGCGUCACGGCUGCUACGUGUGCGGGAAGAGCUUCGCCUGGCGCUCCACACUGGUGGAGCACGUCUACAGCCACACUGGCGAGAAGCCCUUCCACUGCACUGACUGCGGCAAGGGCUUCGGCCACGCUUCCUCCCUGAGCAAACACCGGGCCAUCCAUCGUGGGGAGCGGCCCCACCGCUGUCCGGAUUGUGGCCGGGCCUUCACGCAGCGCUCGGCGCUGACUUCGCACCUGCGCGUCCACACCGGCGAGAAACCCUACGGCUGCGCCGACUGUGGCCGCCGCUUCAGCCAGAGCUCUGCCCUCUACCAGCACCGGCGCGUGCACAGCGGCGAGACCCCCUUCCCCUGCCCGGACUGCGGCCGCGCCUUCGCCUACCCCUCGGACCUGCGGCGCCACGUGCGCACCCACACCGGCGAGAAGCCCUACCUGUGCCCGGACUGCGGGCGCUGCUUCCGCCAGAGCUCGGAGAUGGCAGCCCACAGGCGCACCCACAGCGGCGAGAAGCCCUACCCCUGCCCGCAGUGCGGCCGCCGCUUCGGCCAGAAGUCAGCCGUGGCCAAACACCAGUGGGUUCAUCGGCCCGGGGCCGGGGGCCACAGGGGCCGGGUCGCCGGGCGUCUGCCUGUGACCCUGACCCCUGGCCACGGAGACCUGGACCCGCCCGUGGGCUUCCAGCUGUACCCGGAGAUAUUCCAGGAGUGUGGGUGACGGCCUUAAAAGUGACUAUCUAGACAUUACGGGAGGCCCGAGAUGGGCUCAGGGGCCCGAACCUCUGCGACGGCCUGCAGGGAGGUCCCAGAAUCUACGGCAAGAGCUGGCCCUGGGGUGCGGACAGUCUGAUCUUGGGCCCUUAGCAGCCUCCUCUGCCAGCACCUUGCUCUCCACUGCCCAGGGCUCUCCAAGGCCCCCUUUACUGAGGCAGGGCUGAGUUGAGAACCCCCAGACCUACAUAAGGGGAACCAAAAGCUGUUUCUCAGCCCAGAGGUGCUAAGAGGACUGAGGUAGAGGAGAACCUUGUUUUACCCAUUGUCUUUUUAAAUUUUUUAUCAUUAUUUUUAUUCUUGUGACCCUCCCAGAACACAAUACUCAUUGUCUUUUUAUUUAUUUAUUUAUUUAUUUCUGAGACAGCUUCCUGCUCUGUCACCCAGGCUGGAGUGCAGUGGUGUGAACAGGGCUAACUGCAGCCUCAACCUGCAGUGCUCAAGGAAUCCUCUCCCAUCAGCCUUCCAAAUAUCUGAGACUACAGGCGGGCAACACUACGGCCAGCUAAUUUUUAAAUUUUACAUAGAGAUGAGGUUCUCACUGUUGUCCAGGCUGGUCUCAAACUCCUUGGCUGAAGCGAUCCUGUCGUCUCGGCUUCCGCAAGUGCUGGGAUUACAGGCGUGAGCUACCACCAUGCCUGGCUUCCAUUGUCUUUGUGUGUGUGUGUGUGUGUGUGUGUGUGUGAUGGGGUUUUGCUCUUGUUGCCCAGGCUGGAGUGCAAUAGCGCAAUCUCAGCUCACUGCAACCUCUGCCUCCAGAGUUCAAGCAAUUCUCCUUCCUCAGCCUCCCAAGUAGCUGGGACUACAGGCACCCACCACCUCCAUUGUCUUUUUACUGCCCAAGUUAAAAUCCUGUGACUGAUCGCGCCACUGCACUCCAGCCUGGGCGACAGAGCGAGACUCCGCCUCAAAAAAAAAAAAAAAAAAAAAAAAUCCUGUGACUGUGUACUGGAUCUGGCCUGCAGUUGUCAUAUUUAUUGAUCUGAGCCCAGGCAGUGUUUUUAAGUGAUAUGAGUUAGUAGUGAAAAUUGAAAAGGAUAUUUUGCAACCAAAUACAGGUUUUCUGGUGUCUUUUGAAAAAUCCAAAGAUUUGGCAACUCGACCUAGGCUCCGACAAAACCACAGUUGUUGGGAGCUGAGCUGGAGCCAGAACUCACAAUUCACCGUGGCCUGGCCACCCAUCCCCACCACUCCCGUGGGCUCCUGACCAAGCACCACGUGCCAUUCAUCAUGGCUUGCUUUUAGUGUUUUUGGUGUUUAUCUUAAAGUACAGCGAAGAAGAAAGGGAAGUAUUUCUUAGACCCAUGUCUCCGUCCAAACAGGCCUUUCCAUCUGGCAUUUCCCGCUCAUUUAUAUGACUUGCUGAGUUCCUAUGGUCAUUUGAGUUUGCAAACAGUGGUCUGUAGCACUCAGGUUUUCUGGAGUUGGAGAGAAAGGGUGGCAAGAGAGAAGUAAAAGUUGGUUUUAUUUUA